CCCGCCCUUGCAGCCUGGGGCGCGCUCGGGCCUGGAGAAGGGGCGGGGGCGGUCUCCAGAACCCGCCCGCGCUUCCUCCUGCGGGAGGGACCCCGCGCUGCCUGCGCCGCCCCCCUGCUCCCCCCUGCAGCUGCGCCUCCACCCCGUCUGCGUCUUUCACGUGCGCCGCGGCCCGGUUGGGGGGCCUGUGUCCCCGAGCCGGCCUCCCCAGCAGUCCGGGGUGGGGGGGAGGCUGUGCCUGUGCUUGGAUUCCCCGCACCCCAGCCUCUGCCCUCAUUUUUUUUUUUGCGCCCUCCCCUCUCCUCCCCCCACCAGCCCCCCGGCGGCUGUCGGGAGCACCGAGAUGUCCGCCCUGCCUCAGAGGGAACCCGAGGCCCCUGCCCCCUGUCCAGGCACCCAGACCCUGGACGGUGGCAGCAGUGCUGUGGAUGGGGCACACCCAGGAAGGCCCUCGGAGCCGCUGGCAGAGCUGUGCGGAGAGAGUGCUCCCUCUGCUGGAGUGAGUGCUCCCUCUGCCGCGUCCUCCUCCCCCGGCUCCCCACUGUCCUCCCGGGGAAGGACCAUCAAGUGGUUCUGGGACUCGGCCGAGGAGGGCUACAGGACCUACCACAUGGACGAGUACGACGAGGAGAAGAACCCUGGGGGCGUCAUUAACUUGGGCACCAGUGAGAACAAACUCUGCUUUGACCUGCUAUCCAGACGGCUGACCCAGAGCGACAUGCUGCGGGUGGAGCCGGCCCUGCUGCAGUACCCCGACUGGCGGGGGCAUCUCUUCCUCCGGGAGGAAGUGGCCAGGUUCCUGUCUUACUACUGCAAGAGUCCAAAGCCCCUUAAAGCAGAGAAUGUGGUGGUUCUGAAUGGCUGUGCGUCUCUCUUCUCUGCCCUGGCCACGGUGCUGUGUGAGGUGGGCGACGCCUUCCUCAUCCCGGCCCCCUACUACGGAGCCAUCACACAGCAUGUCUCUCUCUACGGCAGUGUCCGGCUGGUCUGUGCCUACCUGGACAGCCAGGGCACCGGGCCGGACACUCGUCCCUUCCAGCUCACAGUGGAGAAGCUGGAGGAGACCCUGCUCGGAGCUCAGGCCGAGGGUGUGAGGGUCAGAGGCCUCAUCCUCAUCCACCCCCAGAACCCCCUGGGCGACGUCUACACCCCAGAGGAGCUGUGUGAGUUCUUGGAAUUUGCUAAGAGGCACGCGCUGCACGUGAUGGUGGAUGAGGUCUACAUGCUGUCCGUGUUCCAGCCGGCGCGGGGCUACCGCAGCGUCCUGAGCCUGGAAAGGCUGCCUGACCCCCAGAGAACACACGUGAUGUGGGCGACCAGCAAGGACUUCGGGAUGUCGGGGCUCCGCUUCGGGACGCUGUACACGGAGAACCAGGACGUGGCCACAGCCGUGGCUUCCCUCUGCCGCUACCACGGCCUCAGUGGCCUGCUGCAGUACCAGAUGGCCCGGCUGCUCGGCGACCGCGACUGGAUCAACCAUGUCUACCUGCCGGAGAACCAUGCCCGCCUGCAGGCUGCCCACAGCCUUGUGUCCGCCGAGCUGGGGGCCCUGGGGGUGCCCUUCCUGAGCCGCGGGGCCGGCUUCUUCAUCUGGGUGGACCUGAGGAAGUACCUGCCCGAGGGCACCUUUGAGGAGGAGGCCCGGCUCUGGCGUCGCUUCUUGGACCACAAGGUGCUGUUGAGCCCCGGCAGGGCCUUCGCGUGCGUGGAGCCGGGCUGGUUCCGCGUGGUCUUCUCGGACCAGGCCCACCGGCUCCGCCUGGGCAUGCAGCGGUUCCGACGCGUGCUGGAGGGCAGCCCGGGGGCAGAGAGAUCAGCCUGGCCGUCAGGCCCAGGAGCAGGCUGGUCGGCGCCAGCCACGGCCGCCUGCCCAGGGCCUCUCGGGGCCGUGGAGGCCAAUCCUGGACCAGCCACGUGCCAGGACGAUGCUCGCCGUAGCCUUGACCCCGUGCAAACCUGUCUGGCCUCUCUGGGGGGCAGUUCCUAAAGCAGGGCCCUUCCAGCUCCGAGGAGACCCAGAGAA